UCUUCAAAAAAAAAUCGGGAACUCGUUUCCAUGGCCUAUAUUCUCCCUUCUACUUUCGUAGAACCCAACCUUUGUUUUCUCAGUCGCCGUCCAAUUUUCCGUCCAAAUGGAAGACACUCAGUUCACAAAUUCCGGUGCCGUGCGAAGAACCAAACCAGUAAUUCACCCGUGAACGACGACGUUUCGGAAUCUGAAAAUGCGCUGCUCAAAAUCGCGUGGUACGGCUCCGAAUUCCUCGGCGUAGCUGCUUCUUUCCUCCGUUCUCCGGCUAAAAUUGGGGACGCCGGAGCUUCUACAGAGCUUUCCGUCGACGUGUCUGGAAAAAUUGACCGCGCCGCUGUUGUGGAGACUAUUAAACAGGAUUUCCAGAGAUCCUAUUUUGUUACAGGAAAUCUGGCUCUUGAUGCUUACGAAGAGGACUGUGAAUUUGCCGACCCAGCUGGUUCGUUCAAAGGGCUAAGCCGAUUCAAGAGAAACUGUACUAAUUUCGGAUAUCUACUCGAAAGGUCAAAUAUGAAACUUAUGAAAUGGGAGGAUUUUGAGGAUAAGGGGAUUGGACACUGGCGUUUCAGCUGUGUUAUGUCGUUUCCAUGGAAGCCGAUUCUAUCGGCUACUGGUUAUACAGAGUACUACUUCGAUGCAAACACCGGAAAAGUAUGCAGGCAUGUGGAACAUUGGAAUGUUCCGAAAAUGGCUCUUCUUAAGCAAAUUUUCAGGCCUAGUAAAGUUGCUUAGGGACAACAAAUCUAUCUCACAAACAUGACAGUUUGAAUUUGAAGGUUGGAGAAAAUGCUACAUUCAUCUGUAUAAAUUUUUAUGAACAAAACAAUAUGUACAUAAUGUUGUUUACUCUCGUAUAAUAGCUUGUAAAUCGUAUGAGAGACGUAAAUCACACUAGGCUAACGAUGUGUGACAAGCUCGACUUAGCGAGGAUUCGAACCUGGGUCAAUGGAUACAGGCUCACUUGCUCCAACCGCUAGGCCAUCCCUCUUCCGGGACUAUAAUGCAGUUUCUAGUUGAAUUUGAGUGUGUAGCAAGAUUACAUUAAUAGAGAAAAAUGAUUAUAGAAUUACAAAAUUGG